AAAACAAAUUCUCGGAUUCAGUUAAUAUUCAGUGCAAAACAACAAGGAGGAAAAUUGUAUUAUGGGGCCAUUCAAUUGAACACCAAGCAAAGUCGAAGUUUGUGCAAUAACAAGUGAAAGCAAUCCGAUUACGGCUUAAAUAAUUUCGUUGCUUGCCACGACUUAAAGGAGCCGAGGAGAGUCAGCAGCAGCAGCAGCUAAAGAGGCACGGAACGAGGAGCAUAUCAUCCCGAAAAUGCCGGGGGUUGUCUUCCUAAUCGUCGUGCCAACGGCGAAUUUUGAACGGGAGUUGAUUUACGGCACUUCAAAUCAAGCUAUAUCUGAGUCGGCGAGUGGGCCUGUGGGUGUUGGCCAUGGCCAGCACCCGAUGGCCAGUGGUAAUAAUAAUCUGAACAUCAAUCUUCCGGAAAAUAACAACGCAAUACUACGACUUGAAGUUGAGUUACGUGACAAGAAUUUGCCCAAGUAUCGACGCGGUCGCGGGGGAACUGCGGCUGGUCGUGGAACUGCCCCUGGACGUGGUGCAGCGGCACCUGCCAAGAGGGCACUGUCAGGAGAAGGAACACCCGGAAUAGGUGGAGGGACAACAACUGUUCCACUGGACAGACGUAAUUUAGUGGUGCCGCUCGAAAAGGUACUUGAGGAGUUACUUGUUAAGCUUGAAAUUGAGCACGUUACUUGGACAACAAGCAAAAAAGGUUAUUUCCAUCAUGUCGUUUUCCCGCUGCAAGCCGGCGAUGCCUGCGAGACAACACUCCACUGUCUAACGGAGCUGGGUAUUGGCACUAAAUUGAAUUCCAGUGUCAGCGUUUUACCUUGCAGCGUUAGCUAUGAUGCCAUUACAGAUGCGUCCAACAAGCAAGAUGACUACAGCAGCGACGAUGCGGAUGAGGCCUCCAGGUGGAACAAUUUUGUGGAAUCAAUUAAGUCCAAACUGACCGUUAAGCAGGUGGUGGACGGUGUGCGAGCGGGCGGUGCCUUAUCCUUUGACUAUCUGCUGCUAAUUGUAACGGCCGACUCUCUGGCCGCUCUGGGUCUGGUCGAGAAUAAUUCACCGAAUAUUGUUGCGGCCAUGUUGGUUUCACCGCUGAUGGGGCCCGUUAUGUCGAUUACAUUCGGCGCAAUUAUCUCGGACAGAGAGCUAAUGCGCGUUGGCUUCUUAAGCUUGAGCCUGGGCAUGUUGAUCUCGUGCGCCUUCGGUUUUUUUUUCGGCCUAAUCCUUGGCACCACUGAAAUGCCUUGGGGUCAAAAUUCAGAUUGGCCCACGGAGGAGAUGCGCGGCAGAGGCAAUGUGCGUGCUCUGUGGAUGGGCGUUCUCUGGGCCCUAACAUCUGGCACUGGCGUUGCCGUAGCCCUGCUCCAAGGCUCGGCGGGACCGCUGAUUGGCGUUGCCAUAUCAGCAUCACUGCUGCCGCCCGUCGUAAAUUGCGGUCUAUUUUGGGCACUGGCUUGCAUAUGGCUCAUCUAUCCGGAGAAGCGUAUACCGCACUUGAGAAACGAGGCGAUGAACUCGACUAGCGUCUAUCCGUUUCUCUAUACGGACUAUUUGCCCACCGAGUUCCUGAUCAACGGCAUUGUCUCCGCCUGCCUAACAAUUGUUAAUGUGAUUUGCAUAUUUAUCACAGCCAUUAUAGUGCUGAAAAUCAAGGAAGUAUCGGCGCCAUAUACGGCCAGUCCAGAUCUGAAGCGCUUCUGGGAAACAGAUCUUCGCACGGUGAGAAAAACGAAUCGCUCCACAAUGCGUCAUCGACAAGGAACACUUCGAGGCGAUGGCAUUGACAAACUUAUGAGUGGGACAAACUACAAGGGACUGGAUGAGACGCGUAGUGCCAAAAUGGAUACAGCACUGGAGCGGGCUCUCGCCCAGGCCGAGAAUGAUGCAACAUUCCAGAAGGUCAAACGGAUGAGCUACUCGAGCAAUGCGGUCAGUGAGGUAACGGAGCGCCUUGCCGAAAUUGCUGGCCUCAAUACGCGUCAUGGGGAGGCAGCGAUGCGCUCAAAGCCGAGCAGCUUGGCAGGCAGUCGCAUGAACUCCAUACCCGAGGCACAAUCGAAUGUCGAUCUGAAGGUCUUGGAUAAACUGGUGAGCAGCCUGUUGGAGCAGCAUGCGGCAGGCGCUGGUAGCAAGAACAGCGCCACCUCUAAUUUGGAGUCAGGCAAUCGCACGUCGCUGAGUGGACAGCGCAAGGCGUCGAAGAAACUAAAUCGCUGGGGUCGCCUUUCUAGGUCGGUGAACAGCUUCAAGCGGGGCGACGGUGGUGGCAGAGACUAUGCGAGUGGCAACUUUACCCAGCUGCAAGAUCGCAGCGAAGCGCAACCGUCGCUCGCUCAACACACGCCCAACAUGCCCACCAUCAUGGAGAGCAGUGCUGGCAGCGCAUCGCCCAACAAUGCCCAACAGAUACAACACAAUCCUUGGACUGCCUCAUUGGAGCGUACGCCCAGAGCGGUUCGAAAUAUGUUGCACAACAUAGGUCAGGCAGUCAGGCAGGAGGAUCAGCUUAACUUGAACCAAAACUAUGUUGGCUAAUAUAUCAUUUAAUUUACGUCUUAUAUUUAUGAAUAUACUUGCACAUUAAUAAUGCUAUUAAAUGUUGAAGAGUCACCAAGUCGUACAC